UGCCAAUCUGCUGUCUAUUUCUUUCUAUGUCUACGAUAGACCAGUCCCGCAAGGAACAAAUACAAAAUAAGGUAAAGAAGAUGAAAACUUUUUUGUUUAGCAAGAAAAAUAAUGACACAACAUUGAUUUAAGUCAACGCGACGUUAUCGAAAACACUACAGAAAUGAUACAAGAUGUAAAAAAAAUCUAUCCAAUGCAUAUAGAUAAUUUAAAAUAAUAUUUCAUAAACAAAAUGAAACAAUUCAUAUUGUUUGAAAAGUUAACUGAAUUUAAAAUUUAAUUCUAAUGGGUAUUAUAGGCAGUAGAGAGAAACAAGUUAGUUCAGCUACUAGUAAUUCUAGUUUAACAAAUUUACGAUACAUAAUUUCCCCGGACAAGUCGAAAUGGAAAAUGUUUCGAAAAAAAGAAAUAAAAGCCUACCCCGUCCAGCUUAAACCAAUGAAAGGUUGUCCUUGCGGCAAUGACGGAAUUUGCAAGCAAAAGAUUACCCCCAAGGGAGUUACUAUACAUUACCCACAAAAAAAAAAGAAAUUCGGCAAUAUGCAAAUAAACAAACCCAACAUUUUUACUGCUAAAUGUGAAAAAGGAUACAGCGAAACCCCUCGUCCCAAAACCAAUGUGAAGUUGAUAAAGCAAAAGAAAUCCACUUUUUGGAAAGUCUAAAGUAGAUGACUAGACUGUACAGCGACUCGCUGCAACUCUCUUGGUCGCGCGUCUGUAUUAUUGAAACAACGCGUCUGUAUUUUUUUUUUUAUUGAUGAAUUUGUUAAAAAAUGUAUUUUUUAAAGAAUAUUAACAAUGUUGUA